CUGGGCAGGUUUUCGGCCACCAGUGCAGGAAGGUUCGGGAGAUUCUGACUGAGGAGUGGACCCCGCGAGGGGAGGGAACGCUCUUAGCUGCUCGCCCAGCCGCUUUGUCAUCCACCCAGAACCAGCCAUGCUCAGCAUGCAGGCACCUUUCUUCUUCCCCACAGCCCCAUUCCUCCUCUUUGUCUUCGCGGCUUCCACCAUAUUUCACCUUCAGCAGAGGCUAGGGAAGAUUCAACACACAUGGGAAUUUGAGACCCUGGAGCUGGUGACCACUGAGACCUCCCCGAGCCCCCGGUUGGGCCACCAGACGAGCCCCCAGCUGAAGGGCAUGUGGACGAUCAAUGCCAUAGGCCGCCUGGGGAACCAGAUGGGGGAGUAUGCCACCCUGUACGCCCUGGCCAAGAUGAACAGGCGGCCGGCCUUCAUCCCGCCCCAGAUGCACAGCACGCUGGCCCCCAUCUUCAGAAUCACCCUCCCUGUCCUGCACGACUCCACGGCCAGCCAGAUCUCCUGGCAGAACUACCACCUGAACGACUGGAUGGAGGAGCAGUACCGCCACAUCCCGGGGGAGUAUGUGCGCCUCACUGGCUACCCCUGCUCCUGGACCUUCUACCACCACCUCCGCGCCGAGAUCCUCCAGGAGUUCACCCUGCACGACCACGUGCGCAAGGAGGCCCAGAAUUUCCUGCGGGGUCUGCAGGUGAAUGGGAGCCGACCAAGUACCUACAUAGGGGUCCACGUGCGCCGCGGGGAUUACGUCCAUGUUAUGCCCAACGUGUGGAAGGGUGUGGUGGCCGACCGGCGAUACCUAGAGCAGGCCCUGGACUGGUUCCGGGCUCGCUACAGCUCCCCCAUCUUUGUGGUCACCAGCAACGGCAUGGCCUGGUGUCGGGAAAACAUUGAUGCUUCCCGCGGGGAUGUGGUCUUUGCCGGCAGUGGCAUUGAGGGCUCACCUGCCAAGGAUUUCGCGUUGCUCACGCAGUGUAAUCACACCAUCAUGACCAUUGGGACGUUUGGAAUAUGGGCCGCCUACCUCGCAGGUGGAGAGACCAUCUACCUGGCCAAUUACACCCUCCCAGACUCUCCCUUCCUCAAACUCUUUAAGCCAGAGGCAGCCUUCCUGCCAGAGUGGGUUGGGAUUGCAGCAGACCUGUCCCCACUCCUCAAGCACUGAUGUUAGCUGGUCCUUGGCACCCCAUUCUCCUUUUCGGGGUCCCCCAAGAUCAGUCCCAACGUAUGAGGAGCACAUUGGUACAUUUUCCAGGAUGCUUCCCUCUUGUACCAUAAUGCUUCAGCCUACAAGUAACAGAAGUCCCAACUAACUUGUUUAAAUAACAUGUUCAUGUGUCUCACACAACAGGACCAGAGAUGGCACAUCUCCAGGGUUAAUUUAGCAGCUCAACAAUGUCAUCAGCAACCCCAGUUCCAUCCAUCUUGUUGAGCUGCCAUAAUCUCUUAAAUCAGCUCCCACAUGGUCCCCAUGGUCCCAAGAGGGCUGCCACAUACCUGUGUGUCACACAGCAUAUCCUCUUCCCAAGGCAGCCAAAAGAGGUUUGUUCUUAUCUUAGGUCCCUUUUGAAGAGUGUAGGAAACCUUCCAAAUCCUCCAGCAACUUGACCCCAUGUCUCACUGACCAGAAGUGUGCCACCUGACCCUUUAUAAGGCAUAGUGAACGAGACCCUGGGUUUGACUUAGCUUCAGAUCAAUAAAUCUUUGCCCCCUGCAGCUGGGGAGUUGAUCAGCCUCCUCUGAAGGACAUGGUGCCUUACAGUAAGAAAAUUGGGGUGCUCUUACCAAGGAAGAAGGGAGCAAUGUCUAUAGGGUACAAAAGAGGGAAGCCCUGAAUUAUUGUGCAGGUUGGUCACUACACAAAGGCCCCUGGCCAAGGAGGCAAGUGGGGCUUAAAUAGAGCCCACAGUCUGAUCUUCAAACUGUGUGUCCCUGGGACUAUGUCCACGCAGAGGGCUCACUUUUUUCUAGUUAGCCUGCCCAGAGUGGGACCUUUCGUCCAGUUUUCACAAGAGAGCCAUACUGGCUAGUAGGUGUGACUCCAAGACUAUGUGCCCCACCUCUGCAACCCUGGCUUCUGGGGACUACAGUGAUUAUUGUCGAGAACUCAGAGACCAGCAUGGCUCAAUGAACUUGACCAGAGUCCAUUCAAGUAAAUGCGUGUAGUGAUGAACCUAACAGACAAGACCCCUGCUCUCAAGGACUGCAUUAACAAAACAAAGUGGCUUAAAACGACAGCAGUUAAUUAUUCCCCAUCAGUCUGCGGGUCAGCUGGGUGAUUCUCUGCUCCCGUGCAACCUUAACUGGGUUCUCUUACGUGGCUGCAUUUAUGUGGUGCUCAUUUGGAGUAUCCUGCAGGACAGGGUAGCUUAGACUUCCUCACAACACGGCUUUCAAGUUGUUUGCUGAAACACUUGGUCUUGGAGUCCUCAGUCAUCAUCAUCGUGUAAGAAGUCCAGCUAUCUGAAGCUGCCAUGCUGUGAGGAAGCCCAAACCCAAUGAGAGGCCACAGAUUAACAGUCUUGGCUGAGGCCAGCUUCAAGUCAUCUGAGCCUGGGCAUCAGAUAUGUGAGUGUAGAAGCCUCCAGAUGAUUCCACAGUUCCAGUCAACCUAGCAUUUAGAGUGAUCCAGCGGAGGCUCCUGACAAUGCUUUGCAGAGACAAGCCAUAUCUGAAUUCCUGAUUCACAGAUUCUCUGAGCACGAUACUCUGAUUGUUUUAUGCCACCAAGUUUUGGGAUAAUCUGGCAGGCAGCCAUGAAUAACUGGAUAACAGACUAAACAGAUUAUUCUCUGUAUUUGCAAAAUCUUUUAUGACUUUGGCAUGAAGUAGGCCAACAUGAACAUCCCCACCUGACUUGAGAUCCCAUGUGCAAAGGUCCUGUGGCGGGCUGGGGUGGGUGGAUGGGGAGUCUGGUUAUAUGUAAGAGUGAAAUGAGACCAGUAUGGCUGGAGCACAUGGAGACAGAUAUAGGUGGAGAAGUUAUCAGGGUGGGACUCUGAAGUACCUGUCGACCACGCUAAGGACUUCGGGUUUUAUUCUAAGACCAAUGGGAAACCAUCAGAGGGCUUCAAUUAGGGGAGUGAUAUGAUCUGAUUUGCUGUGUGGACACAUAUCUAGCUGCUAUGUGGAGAUACAGCUGUAGGGACAAAGAUGGAGACAGACCAGUAAGAAGGCUACUGUAACAUUCCCAGCAUGCAAUGAUGGCGGACCAAGGAGAUAAUGGUGAAAUAGAAAUCUCAUUGCAAGGGCCCAACAGACAUUCCUAGUGUCUCUCUGCCACAGUUUGACAUUUCUGAAAAAGACAAUCUGACUGGCUCAAUCAGAUUGAUAUUUGAGUCAGUUAUCCACCAUGAGUCAAUUACUUGAGGCUGUGGGGAGGGGGUCACCUAAGACAAACAUGGCUGCCAUGUUUGUAAGGGAGUUGAUUCAAGAGGUAAUGAAAGAAUACCCUAAGAAUUGGCAAGAUACUCCAAAAAUGGGUACAUUGGAAAAAAGGGUUCACCACUCACAUUUCAGUGAGUGAAACAAGUCAUGUGGUCACACCCAAUUUCAAAGAGGUGUCGAUGAAAAUUAAUCAACGGAUCUAAGAAAGAAAUGGAAAUUUUUAUUUGAGCUAGAUUUGAGGAUUAUAACCCUGGGAAGAGCAUCUCAGAAAGCUCAGAAAACUGUUCCACUGGUUAGAAAUCAAGCCAAGGUUAUACAAGUUUUUUCUGAGACGGAGGGCUGAACAUCAAAUGAUGUAUCAUUGACAGUUUACAUAAUCCAGAUCUAAGCAUCAUCCUGGUGGGUCAUGUGUCAGGAUCCCCUGACAAGAUCAAGAAGGAAUGUUAUCUUUUAAGGAGUUGUCUUGUUAGUUCUGGGAGAAUGUUGCUGUUUAUGAUUGAGCAGGUAUUCCUCCUUAUGGGGGAGGUUUGGUCGAUGGAUAAUGCAGAUACACAAUGCACACUGAGGGGAUAGGGGAGGCUAAAGGGCAGAGAAAAAUCUUUAUGUUUAAAUUUUUCUUGUCUUGCCAUAAAACAUGAAUUUUAUUUCACAGAGGGCAAGUAAGAGCAACCUGCCCACAUGCCCCAGAUUUAUGCACAGCUCUGACAACUACCUCACAUCUCCUUGCAGGCCUCUGCAGUCUCUCUGGGUGGCUCUUUUGGGGCCCCUUUCUUGUGGCUUAGUACCCGUGAAAUGGGAUGCCACUGUAAUUACUAGCUAAUAGGUUUCUUGGUAACUCUAUUUAAGGAUUCCCCUUUCAAAUUUCCAGGCUUAUUUUAUACAACUUGAAUGGGUGCUGGUCACUGGACCAGGUUUUUCUAUUUAAAACAAAAAGAGGGGCUUCCUAGGUGGCGCAGUGGUUAAGAAUCUGCCUGACAAUGCAGAGGUCACGGGUUCGAUCCCAGCUCCAGGAAGAUCCCACAUGCCACGGAGCAACUAAG